UUUCCCUUUCACAUUCACAUAUGGCGAACUUUAUUGCCUUUGCCUUUGUGUGCACUAUUUCCCUUGCCUUCGGUACAGCAAAAUCCCAAUCUAAUGUAACCAGAGGUUCUUCUUUAAAGCCUACUGGUGCCACCACCUCUUGGUUGUCGCCAUCGGGGUUAUUCGCCUUCGGUUUCUACCCACAAACGCGUGGCUACGCGGUUGGUAUAUAUAUGGCCGGGAUUCCAGAAAGGACUGUAGUCUGGACGGCUAGUCGUGACACCCUUCCAUUCUCAAGUAAUGCUACUUUGAGAUUCACAUCUGAUGGAAAGCUCUCCGUGGAACAAACACAGGGUCAGCAUAUCAAUAUAAUUGAUGCUGGUGGUGCUUCUUUUGCUUCCAUGCAAGACUCCGGUAACUUUGUGAUCUACGAUUCCAAAGGGAAGAGGGUACUUUGGCAAAGCUUUGACCACCCAACCGAGACCCUUUUGGCCGGUCAACAUCUCCAGCCCGGCCAAACGAUGUUUUCAAGUGCCUCGGAGACAGAUCAGUCGAUUGGGGUGUUCAAGCUCAGUAUGCAAACCGAUGGGAACCUCGUGCUGUACCCAAAUAGAGGGACCGAAGAUCAUGCAUACUGGGCUACCGGCACAUACACAGCUGGACCUAACGUGACACUAAAUCUUGAUUCUAAUGGUUUUCUUUAUCUGUUGCAAAAUUCUACCUUCUUUAUCAAUAAUCUUACCCAAGGAGGAAAUGCGACAAAAGAUGAACUGUAUCUCAUGAAAUUUGAUGUGGACGGUAUCUUUAGAUUGUAUUAUCAUAAUCUGACUAACAUGGGCAGCAAUGGAUCUGCCAUAUGGGCGUUGUCACCAAAUAAGUGUAUAGGGCCGGGUCUGUGUGGCAUAAACGCGUAUUGUUUGAGCAUGAAUGAUAAUGCAAGAUGUCAAUGUGUACCAGGGUUUGAAGUUGUGAAUCUAGAGCGUUGGAGUUUGGGCUGCCUGAGAAAGGAGACCGUAGAAAGCUGCAACAUUCAAAAUGCAGGUACCACAAUCCAUAUGACAAAUUUGGAUAAUGUUCGAUGGGAAGAUGCCGCAUAUAUCAUCCCAAAAGCACCAACACAAGAAGAGUGCUCCUCUGCUUGCCUAGAGGAUUGCAACUGUGAGGCGGCACUGUUCAACGGACAAGAAUGCAAGUUGCAGAGGUUCCCGUUAAGAUACGUGGAAGUAACUGAUAGCGAGUCCAGUGUUGGGUUGAUUAAAGUAUAUACAUCAACUCUAAAUAAUGGAACAAAUCCAACUAAUAAAUCCAUUCGUGUCAAGAAAGUGGGACAAAAGGAUAUCAUGAUUAUUGGGGCUUCACUCAUCUCAUUUGCUGUACUUGUUUUACUAUUUUCUGGAGUAAUCAUGUAUAGAGCUCAAGUUUGGGCAUACAAAAAGAUAUCUGAGAAUCUAAGUGUCCAGUUAUUCGAGGACACGGGGCCUCGGGCAUUUUCUUAUGCGGCGUUAGAAAAAAUUACAAAUGGUUUUGAAGAAGAACUGGGUAGAGGAUCAUUUGGGAUAGUUUACAAAGGUAUCAUAGAGAGCUCCAUGAGACAGGUCGCAGUGAAGAGAUUGAAAGAAGAAUUGGCACAAGAAGGAGAACGAGAAUUUCAAACUGAAAUGAAAGUGAUCGGGAGAACACACCAUCGCAACCUAACAACGUUGCUCGGUUACUGCUGUGAAGGUCCCGAAAGGCUACUGGUUUUUGAGUAUAUGACUCAAGGAUCACUUGCAGAUAUACUAUUCGCAGCCACAGAAAGCAAGCCAAAGCCGUGUUGGAUGCAAAGAAUAAGAAUGGCAGUUGAUAUAGCUCAUGGCAUCCUUUACCUACAUGAAGAAUGUGAAAACCCAAUAAUCCACUGUGAUAUUAAGCCACAAAAUAUACUUAUGGAUGAGUAUGGAUGUGCCAAGAUUUCUGAUUUUGGGUUGGCUAAACUACUUGAACAUGAUCAAACUAAAACUUCCACCUUGAUUAGAGGAACAAGGGGCUAUGUUGCGCCUGAAUGGCACAAGGGGCUACCGAUAACAGUUAAGGUGGAUGUUUAUAGUUUUGGAAUUGUUUUGUUUAACAUUUUAUGUUGUCGGAGGAAUGUGGACGACAAUCUUCCUGACAGUGAAGCCAUUCUUCAAGACUGGGUGUACGAGUGUUAUGCAGCAGAUGAGCUAUUGAAGCUGGUGGAUUAUGAUGAGGAUGUAGAAAAGAGCAGGCUCGAACAAAUGGUCAAAAUAGGGCUUUGGUGUGUUCAAGAGGAGCCAUCUCUCCGCCCUUCGAUAAAAAGAGUGGUGUUGAUGCUUGAAGGGACCGUCCAAAUACCAACACCUCCCAACCCUACUUCAUUCCUCAGUGUCGUUUAGCUUACAAAACCAGAUAAAAACAUCAUUCUAUUUUCAGAUUACGUUUGGUUUACCAAGCAAGUAUUUAAAGGAAACUAUUAGAGCAGACUGUUAGAUUAUUAUGUAGUUUGUUUUGAGUUUUACAGUUAUAUAUAACCUUGCAUCAUAGCAGGUAGUCUGUUCCAACAAGUAUUUUUUAUCAAUAAUCUCACAUUCUCACUAGCAGCUCAUCAAGU